ACUCCUCCCCACUCAGCCACCACCGUGCGCGCGCAGCUCGAGCUCUGCUCCUCUCUUCACCUCGGAUUAAUAACCCUCGGCGGCGAUUUUUACUACUAUAAUAUCUUCACCAUGGGCGCGUGCAACUCGUGCGAGGCGACGGCCGUGGCGGCGGUGACGGGGGCCUCCGCGGUGGGCGAGGCCACGGCGGCGCGGGUCGUGCUCGCGGACGGCCAGCUGCAGCGGUUCCCCGGGGGCACCCGGGCGUCGCAGGCCAUGAAGGCCGCGGCUGCGGCGGCGACGGCGGCGCCCGCGGGCGCGUGCUUCCUGUGCAGCGCCGACGGGCUCGAGCUCGGCGGCGCGGUGGCCGCGGUGGCGGCCGACGAGGAGCUGCAGCCCGGGCAGCUCUACUUCGUGCUGCCCGCGGCGAUGCGGCGCCGGCCGCUGCAGGCGGAGGAGAUGGCCGCGCUCGCGAUCCGCGCCAGCGCCGCGCUGGCCUGCGACCACGACGGCCCGCUCGUGUUCCCCGACUCGGCCAGCGGCGCCCCCGCGGCGAGGAGCGGCGUGAAGGGUGCGUCCCGCCGGCGGUCGCGGAGGGCCCCCAGCCUCGGGCGCGACUUCGUGCCUGAUCUCGGCGCCAUUGCCGAGUAGCCGCCGGCCUGGCCUGCUCGCCGUCCGGCAAGAGCGGCGGGCGGCAAGAACGAAUAACCCGAGUGUAGAGUUACGUGUAAACAAAUCCACCGGAGGGAGAUUUGGUUUGACUAAUGCUAAUCUAGUGUAGUUGGGGGAAGGCUGAACGAACUCUGCUUAGCUGUAGCUACUGCUGCACGUUCUAGUGCACACAUGUACAAGGAAGACGCGUAGGCACAUUGCCCUGCGUAUUAUUUUGAUCCGAUCCAUGGAAGGGCUGUCUGAAAUC